AGAGGCAUCUCAAGGAGAAAAAACCAACUGCGAACCUAUCGCCUUUGCGGAGGCACACAGCAAAAGGAUUUUCAAUUACCGCCUAAGCCGAGCCCGUCGGGUGAUCGAAAAUGCAUUUGGCAUAAUGGCUCAAAGAUGGCGUAUCCUGCGGCGUCCUUUCAAAGCCAAAGACGAUAACAUCCGGCGAAUUAUCUCCGCAUGCGUGGUCCUUCACAAUUACAUGAUGAAAGAGUCGGAGACAUCUCGGUGCGCCUACUACCCUCCAGGGACAGCUGAUCAGGUUGACUGGCAGGGUAACAUCACCGAAGGCAACUGGAGAGCUGAUGACACCAGCAGUGCUGCUCUGCCAUCUCUACCGAAGACUGGCUGCCACGCCACAAGGUUUGCUUACGAAAUGCGGGACCUCCUGGCAAAGCACUUCAUCACCAACGGCAAGGUGCCUUGGCAAGAGAGCAAGAUAAUGGACACAAGACUGUACAGUGGUGAGUGCACCAUUUAUUGUUAUCAUGACAGUGUUGCACCUGACGAAGAUGCAGGCUGUUCUAGAGGCUCAUCCAAGAUGACUGUGACAUAG